AUGAUUGGCUCCCCUGGCCCUGGUGGGUGUGCCUUAGUGCCAUGGCAGCGUCUGUGGCAGUGGGUUCUGGCAGUGUCGCUGGCAGCCACAGUUGCCCUGACUCUCCCUGGGAGCAGCCUGGCGUGCCCUCCUCGGUGCGAGUGCUCGGCUCAGCUCAGGUCGGUGUCGUGCCAGCGGAGACGUCUCACCAACAUUCCAGAGGGCAUCCCCACAGAGACACGACUCCUGGACCUCAGCAAGAACCGGCUUCGUUGGGUACAGGCAGGCGACCUCACCCCUUACCCCCGACUGGAAGAAGUGGACCUCAGUGAAAACCUUAUUGCCACACUGGAGCCUAAUGCUUUUGCCACCCUGAUCAAUCUCAAAGUGCUCAAGCUCAGAGGAAACCAGCUUAAGCUAGUGCCAAUGGGAGCCUUUGCCAAGCUGGGCAACCUAACCAGUCUUGAUCUGAGUGAGAACAAAAUGGUGAUUUUACUCGACUACACCUUUCAAGACCUUAAAAGUCUGAAACAUCUUGAAGUAGGAGACAAUGAUCUAGUGUACAUUUCUCACAAGGCCUUUGCUGGGUUGGUGGGGCUAGAGGAGCUCACUAUAGCACGCUGUAACUUGACCUCCAUCGCAGGCCAGACACUGUCCUAUCUUCGCAGCCUGGUGACCCUCCGCCUUCAUCACCUCAGCAUCUCCGCCUUAGAAGACCAGAACUUCCGCAAACUGUCCAACCUGCGUGGCCUGGAGAUCAAUCACUGGCCCUACCUCGAGUUUAUCUCUCCUCUGAGUUUCCAGGGCCUCGAUCUGCACUGGCUCUCCAUCACUCACACCAACAUCACAUCUGUCCCAUCUGCCUCUUUCAAAAAUCUGAUUCACUUGACACAUUUAAACCUGUCAUACAACCCCAUCUCCACUCUGGAGUCCUGGGCCUUCAGAGACCUGCUGAGGCUAAAAGAACUGAUCAUGGUGAACACUGGGCUGACCACAGUGGAGCAUCACGCUCUGGGUGGUCUGCGGCAGAUCCGAGUCCUAAACUUCUCGUCCAAUCACCUGCAGACUCUGGAAGAGAGCUCCUUUCACUCGGUCAACAGCUUGGAGACAUUACGAGUGGAUGGGAACCCUCUGCAGUGCGACUGCCGUCUGUUGUGGAUCCUGCAGCGACGCAAGACCCUCAACUUUGACGACAGGGUGCCGGUUUGUACGGGGCCGGUGGAGGUGCAGGGCGUCAGCCUCAGCUCCUUCACCGACUCUGCUCUGUUUGAUCACUUCACCUGUCAGAAGCCCAAGAUACGCAACCGCAAAAUGCAGCAGGUCAUUGCUCGUGAAGGACAGCCAGUCAGUUUCCUCUGUCGGGCUGAAGGAGAACCACCGCCUGCCAUAGUGUGGAUUUCCCCUCAGCGCAGACGAAUCACAUCCAAGACUUCAGGCCGCAUCACUGUUCUCCCCAGUGGCACCCUGGAGAUUCGCUACGCCCAGCUCACGGACAGCGGCACGUACAUCUGCAUCGCCAGCAACGCUGGGGGCAAUGACACCUACUUCGCCACACUCACAGUCCGGGGCCAGCCGCUGGAUGCCGCCUCAGCCUUUUUCCUCAACCGCUCAAUCUACAGCGGAGAGUUCUUCAAUGAUACUAAUAUGAACAGCACCCGAGUGUUUCUCAAAUUCACCUUGGAUCUGACCACCAUCUUGGUCUCCACAGCAAUGGGCUGCAUCACUUUCCUGGGAGUUGUGCUUUUCUGCUUUCUGCUGCUGUUUGUUUGGAGCCGGGGCCGUGGCCAACGAAGGAAUAACUUCACAGUGGAGUACUCUUUCAGGAAAUCUGAGCCUGCCACCUCUGGCGCCUCAGGAGGGACCAGGAAGUUUAAUAUGAAAAUGAUAUGA